UGGAGGUUGAAAGCAGCCUUCACUGCCUCCUGUCGUGAGAGGCACUGGAACGGCCCCGUAAAUUUUCCAGGGUGCGCCACAGCGGCUCUCGGAAGGGUGGCCUCCACCUGAGGUCCAGUCGUCCCCACUGUUUCGGCGGCCGGAGGUGAUCCGUCUCGCUGUGUCCAGAAUGCCUUAGGCAAGUUGGGCUCCGACGUUGGUUGAAGGUGAGAUGGAAGGUGGGCGAGCGAAUGAGUUGAUCCAGACGGUCCUAGGGGCUCGGUUCAUGCCACCGAGAUGCGGUUUCCCCUCUAACCUCUACCAAGUCCAUCUACGUCCGUUCGUAUCAGGUAUAUACUUCGUAUUGUAUUCGUACCUUUACCAAAUACCCCUACCGGUGUAACAUGCGCUCGUCAACGUCGACGCUCUCGCACGAGGGCGUCGAAGCGGCCCCCCUCCUCCCGAGAUCACCAGCAGAUGCCACCUCCUCAAGGCUUCCAGAUACGCACCAUGUCGACGACCGACGGCGAGGAAUAGGCUCCUCCAAGCAGUUAACGCUCGACCAGCUGCCCACGGAAAUUGUCGAGCACAUCCUCAGCUACUUCCAACACUCACUGCAGCGGGGCCUCUCCCUGACGCAUCUUCAGAGACUCUACAAUCCCCUGGCGCGGGAUGCCUGGAACGUGCGCCAAAAAGCCGUGCAGGACGUGCGCCUCGUGUGCCGGCGCCUCCACGACCUUGCGUCGCCUUUGCUGUUUCCGUACGUUGCCUUGAGCAUCGACCAGGAGUCUCUGGAUAAGUUGGAGAGUAUCUCGCGGCAGCCCUGUCUUGCGGCGGGCGUUCGUGGAGUCUUGAUGGACCAGACGUGUCGGAGCGGCGCCUUCGUCAACGGUCACAGUCCCCUCGACAGCUUCAAGACCGAAGUCGUCCGGAUGCUGCAGACCUACGCCACCGGAUUCUAUUGCCACACGCACAACGUGGCGGACGAGGACGGAGAAGAGGACGAGGAAGACAAGGCGCGAGCAUGCUUGGGGCUACGCAACUUCUUGGUCAUGUGCAAGGCAUGGGGUGCCUCGCACGAUGGGGUCCCCGAAAGUGCAAGGCCGGAAGACGUGGUCUUCGACGCCGACGAGAUGCAAGAAUACGUUGAAAUUUUCCGACGGGGACAUGAGGCCUACGCACGCGGCUACGUGGAACAGUUCCGUCUUGUCAGUGACGGCACGUACCUCCGGACUCUCGUGUCGGCUUUUGCCCUCAUGCCGCACCUGGACACGCUGUCCAUGGGAGGACGUCGGCGCAAUCCAGAGGUCGAUUGCCGUUACGAGCAUCGGCUGCUCGCAGACAAGGUCGAGUUGGAGCGUUUUAUCGCGUCACAGAUUUGUGCGCCGGCGGACCCGCCCGAGAAUAUGUUCGUGGAGGUGCCCAUUGCCGCCCAUACCGCCGGCAGGCCACUGAAGCGCUUGUACGUCUCUCGUCCGAGACGUGGCACGCACACGGCCUUGGGCACAGCAGACGGGGGCGGUGGCCGAGAGGUCGAGGACAGGCUGCGGGCGGCCAUUCAGGCAUUGGAAUCGGUGCAUCUCAGUCCCAACAUGCGUGAUGACCCGGCCGAGGGCGCGUUUUUCGACCGCUAUGCCUCCAUCGUCACUUCCAGCAGGCAGUCCCGAUACCUCGGGCUUACCGGAUAUCCCUUUCCGCGAUCGACGAACCAUACCGAACGAAUCAGCCAUGGGCGCUUCCUCUUGACCAUGGCGGACCGGCCGCGCCUCAAGAAGCUGCACCUCCGGUACACCGCCUUGUCGCAGGAGGAGGUGAAGGCACUGUGCGGCGGCCUGCGCGACGGCUCCCUGCAGGACCUCUUCCUCGAGUAUUUGCACCUCACGAGCGGCCUGUGGGCGGACGUGCUGGACACGCUCCGCCCGAAGCUGGCGGGCGGCGAGGGCGGCUGCCGCGCGCGGGUCCUGAGGCUUAUGGGCGCUGAGAUGCACGAGAGGGCCGGGGAAGGCAUCAAGGCGUGGGAGGCGCGUGGGCUCGCCAUUACGCAGCGGGUCGAGUGGUACCUCACCGGCGACCCCAGGGCUCCGGUGAAUCCCUUUCGGUGCGAGCUGACCAGGGACACCUACCAGUUGCAAUAAUGACUGGAGCUAAGGUAUGGGCAGUAGCGGUGUUGAUGAAUGGAGUUUUUGGGCUGCAACGUACUUCGUGUACUGUCCAUACAAUCUGUGAAUACAGAGUACAGG